AGGGCCCGGCUCCCGUUGAGGAGGAGGAUGCAGCUCCCGGGGGCGCCCCCUCCCCUGAGCGUGCCUUUGACGGACGUGGUAAUUGUAGAGACUAUGGACAUUAUUUUUAGAAUAAGAGGAGGUCUGGAUCUGGCAUUCCAAUUGGCUACAACUGAUGAUUCCUCAACAAAAGAAGCAUUAAAAUAUGUUUUCAGUGACCUUUCAACCAAACUGGCUUCAGAUGUACUGGUUUUUAGAAUCUGCCAUAGCCCAGUGUACUUAUGGCCAAAUAGUGGAAAAAACUCAGUUGCAACUGAGCUUUCAGAUGACUCUCCUUGUAAGGAGAUAUUACGGUUUAUCCAAUUUGACCAGGAAGAUGAGGCUAAACGCAGGUUUUCAAAAAAGAAAGAUAAAAAGUUUCAGGAACAACCUAUAGUAAACAUAGAUCUUAUGCUGGAAAUGACAACUUCAUUGGAGGCCCGGGCACCAGUCAUUGAAAAGGAGAACAAGGAGCAUCACUACAUUAGCAUGACUUUGCCAGUUGAUGCUGUUGUCUCUGUGUCUCCAGAAGAAAUGUGGCGGAAUGUACGAAACUUUCUUGUGAAUGCAAUUCACACUCAGCUAACUGAUAUGGAAAGGUGCAUUUUAAAAUACAUGAAAGGAACUUCUGUUGUUGCACCUGAACAAUUUCAUUUCAUGUUACCAGGGAAAAAGCAUCUUGUAACUAUCUCAUAUCCUGCAGGCAUUUCUGAUGAUCAGCUUGAGAGUUACAGACAGGAAUUACAUGGAUGGUUUAACUUACCGUUUGACAGGCCUUAUUUUCGAAGAGCUAAUGCCUAUCACUUUCCAGAUGAAUCAUUCAGAGAUGGAUAUCUCAGAAACCCACAUGUGCAUCUCAACCCACCUGGCAUAGAGUCUGGUAUAGUAUAUCUGGUAUAUGGCACAUAUACUUACCAUCAUUACAUGCAAGACCGUAUUGAUGAUAAUGGCUGGGGCUGUGCUUAUAGAUCUCUACAGACUAUAUGCUCAUGGUUCAAACAUCAGGGGUAUACGGACAGAUCAAUACCUACACAUAAGGAGAUCCAGCAGGCUCUAGUUGAUGUUGGAGACAAGCCACCAGAGUUUAUUGGAUCACGCCAGUGGAUUGGGUCUAUCGAAGUACAGCUUGUACUGAACCAACUAUUAGGAAUAACUUCAAAAAUACUGUUUGUCAGCCAAGGGUCUGAGCUGGCUUCACAGGGAAGAGAACUUGCUAAUCAUUUUAAAACUGAGGGAACCCCAGUGAUGAUUGGUGGUGGUGUCUUGGCUCAUACAAUAUUAGGAGUGGCAUGGAAUGAAAUCACAGGGCAUAUAAAAUUUCUGAUCUUGGAUCCACAUUACACUGGAGCAGAAGAUCUGCAUACUAUACUAGAAAAGGGUUGGUGUGGAUGGAAAGGUCCAGAUUUCUGGAAGAAAGAUGCUUAUUAUAAUCUGUGCCUGCCUCAGCGACCUAAAUCUAUUUGAAUGCCUGUUUAGACAACUAUGGUAAACUAGUAUACUCACUGAAACACACACAUCUUGCUAAAAUAUGUGUGUAUAUGUAUGUAUUAUAUAUUUAUGUACAUUUAAACUUUUAAGCAAUGUUGAAUUAUCUUAUGUAAAGUAAUAUGUUGUUCUGCACCCCAGCCUAUGUAGUAACACUCUUCCAGUAUUUUAGACCAUAAAUUAAAUAUAUGGUGAUUUUUCAAAAAAAAAUGCAAGUAGUGUUUUCUAAUUGGGGGUUGAGGCUUUUAUAAUCUGAUUCUACCAAUAUAGUGCUAUAUGUUUGCUCAGAACCAGAAAGUUACUCCCAGAUAAGUGUAUAUAGAUGUGCAGCCUAGGAUUUCUAGCGUUACAACAUUACUUGAGGGCACAAUAUGACACCACCACACACCUCAGAGUUGCAGUUUCAUAAUCCCUGUAGGCAGAUGUAUAUGUUCAGUAUGUUGAUGAACAGAGCUUGUACAUUAUUAUGUUCUGAAGUGUAUCUAAAGGUAUUUGUAUAGCCUGUGGCUGAUGAAGUAACAUGUUCAGAAACUGGUAGCAAGUUUCUGCCCUCCCACCUCGUAAAUAUGUAUGAUAUGUGCAACUGUGGAAGGAACAGCAUAUCAGUUACUAUAUUAGUUCUAAAUUUUGCAUAGCAACUUGGAGAAGAGAUGAUAGAAAACAGUACUGUU